AUGACCCAAACAGCAGCGGAUGACUCAAUCCGCAAUUUGCCAUGGCUUAUCUGGGUCAUGGUUAUCUUUGGAUCAAUUUCGUCCGCUGGAUUCGGAUUUGACCAAGGAUGGUGGUCAGCCGUGAUGAGUUCAUCUCAAUUUGUCCAAAACUUCGGGGCUUUCGAUCCGAUAACCAAGCAAUGGGCCCUCACCUCCCAGCAGCAGUCACUUGGAACUGGUCUCGGAUACGUUGGUGUGAUCAUCGGAGUAUUUGGUGGUUCACCGAUCAACGAACGUUUUGGAAGAAAGAACUCUUUGUGGAUUCAGAGUGCUGUCGUCACAAUCGGAAUCAUCAUUGAAUCCACAGUUACGAGAAGCUACGCACAGUUCCUUGUUGGAAAGAUCCUGGUGUACCUCGGUGGUGGAAUCGCGACCAGUAUCAUUCCUGCCUAUCAAGGAGAAUGUGCUCCGAAAUCCAUGCGCGGUAUGAUGGCCGGCACAUACAACGCUUUCCUUAUGGUCGGUGGCUUCUUCGCCACACUGAUCGUAUAUCUCUGUCAGCAUAUCCCUAGCAACUGGGCCUGGCGAGUGGUAGUCGUUGCUCAGAUCGCCAUCCCGGCAGCCAGUUGGGUCAGUCUGCCAUUCUUGCCCGAGUCACCAUACUGGCUUGUUUCUCGCGGGAGACUCGACGAGGCAGUCAUUGCCCUUCGACAGCUCAGAGGCCCCUCUUACCCGGCAGAGGCUGAGGUCACCAACAUGCAACAGCUGUUGGAGGAGCAGCGGGAAAGACAAGCUAGCGCAACAUGGGCGGUCUGCUUCAGUGAUUCGGUACAUCGUCGACGCACGAUUAUUUCUGUUGGAUCUCAGAUCUUCUCUCAGGCCCAAGGCAUCUCAUUUGUUGCCAAUUACCAGGCUGUUUUCCUUCAACAAAUUGGAUUCAAGGAGGUCCUCCUGAUGGCAGUCAUCGUUUAUGUCAUCGGUAUGGCCGCCAACCUGAUCUUCAUGAGUACUACCGACCGUGUUGGCCGUCGGAACGUGCUGUUAUACUCUUCUGCGAUGCUAGGAGCCUGCAUGAUCACGAUUGGUGGGUUGACCGCGAAUGGGCCCGCGAGUAUGUCAUAUGCAAUGCAAGUUGCAGCGGUCGUAAUGCUGAUGUUGUGGUUUUUCUCUUUCCAACUCACUUGGGGACCCUUGGCUUGGGUGUUGACAGCCGAGGUACCUUCCACCCAAGUCAAAGAGAAAACGGUUUCACUUUCAGGAAUGGGUGCUUACCUUACUGGUCUGGUCAUUGUGUUUGUGAACCCUUUCACCCAAGAUCAGAUUGGUGGUCGUGUUGCGUUUAUUUAUGGUGCUCUUUCGGUGCUUUCCUGCGUUUUCACAUGGGUUUUCGUGCCGGAGGUGAAACAGCGCUCUCUGGAACAGAUUGAUGAGAUGUUCCUUGAUAAGGUGCCAACACGGGCAUUCAAAUCCCACGUUUGUCAGAUGCCUGGGGAUAUCACGAUGGUCAAAAGAGAAGGAGAAGAGUUUGUGGAAAAUGCUUAG